GUCACAUUUUGGGUAGGUCCCUUUGGUACCUCCCUCGAACCUUCGGAUUCAUCCGGUUGGUUGGCUAUGGGCGACUUGGAGCUGCACAUCGCGGGGCUCGAUGGUUCAGAGCUGCACCUCACCGUGGCUGACAGCCUCACGGGCCGCCAGCUUCUGCAGCUCCUCAGGUCGAAGCUGCCACCGAGGCCGGGAAGGCUUCACGUGAGCUUCGGGGAGGCCAAGCUGGUGCCGGACAAGACCUUGCGGGAACAGAUUUCCGACUGUGCAGCCUGCGCCAGUUUCACCUUUGCACGGCCCUGCUUGGCCGAUGCUUGGAGUGCCGUGCAAACCGGCGAGGAGCUGGAGUUCUCCCUGGAAGGCAUCACAAAGCUGUGGUUCGGAGAGGGCUUCGACCACAGCUUGCGGGGAGUCAUCUUGCCAGAGAGCUUGCAGUGUCUCACUUUUGGCGACUAUUUUGAUCAGAGCUUGGAUGGAGUGACACUUCCGAGCAGCUUGCAGUGUCUGACUUUGGGCAAACUUUGCGCUUUUAGCAGCCAAGAUGUGGUUUUGCCAGCCGGCUUGAAGACCCUGACCUUCGGUGAUGAUUGCGACCAGAGCUUGAAAGAUUUAGCUUUGCCCAGGAGCUUGCAGACCCUGUCAUUUGGCAAGCACUUCGACCACAGCCUGGAAGACAUAUUGUUGCCCAGCAGUUUGCAAAGCUUGUCGUUUGGCGAGUGUUUCAACAAAAGCUUGCAGGGGAUUGCUUUGCCAACAAACUUGCGGAGCCUGAAUCUUGGCGAGCUUUUCAAUCAACCUAUGCAAGGCGUGGAUUUGCCCGACACAUUGGAGAGCCUGACGUUUGGUGAUCACUUCAAUCAGGCCUUGCGCGGGGUGAGAUUGCCCUGCAGCUUGCAAAGUCUGACUUUCGGCAGAUUCUUCAACCACAGCCUGCAAGGACUGACUUUGCCCAGCGGCCUGCAGCAUCUCACUUUGGGCCACUUUUUUGAUGAACACUUGCAAGAUGUAGCUUUGCCCAGCAGCCUGCAGAGUCUGACUUUUGGAAGCUUUUUUGAUCAAAGUUUACACGACGUAGUUUUACCAAGCAGCUUGCUGAGCUUGACUUUCGGCGACGAGUUUAACCAAAGCUUGCGCAAAGUGACAUUGCCUACUAGCUUGCAAACCCUGACCCUAGGCAGGUACAUGAAUCAUAAUUUGCGUGGAGCAACUCUUCCAAUGAGCUUGCAGAAUCUUUCUUUAAGCCAUUGCUUUGACCAACAAUUGCAAGACGUGGUCUUGCCAGGUAGCUUGAAGAGCCUGGCGAUCAUUUUAAUCACCCCUUGCAGGGUGCGACCCUGCCAAGCAAUUUGGAAAGCCUCAUCUUCGGCAGAAGCUUCGACCAGCGCUUGCAAGGAGUUUUGCUGCCAAGCAGCUUGCAGAGGCUGUGCUUUGGAACUUGUUUUGAUCAAAGCCUGCUGGGGGUGACCUUGCCAACCAACCUGCAGAUCCUAACUUUUGGCGAUCAUUUUGACCAAAGUUUGGAAGAUGUGACCUUGCCAGAAGGAUUGAAGCGUAUGACAUUCGGCGAUGGCUUCAACCAAGAUUUGGUAGGUGUAGCAUUGCCAAGCAGCUUGGAGAUCCUAUCUUUCGGCUACCAUUUUGACCAAUGCUUGCAGGGGGUACUUUAGAGCCUCCGGCUCAGUCCGCCGACAUUGUCCUCUCCCUUUUCUCCUUCUUCCUCUCUUCCUUGUCUCCCUUGUGUGUUCUGUCGUCCUCUCUCCCUCUCUCGGCUCCCAUCCUCCCCAUCCC